UAUUUUAAAUACUUCGUCUGAUCUCUUGCUUUGUCGCCUAUUUCCCUCACUUUCUCCUCUCUUCUUUCGUGAAACAAUGGACUUCACAGCAUCGAAUACCAUAGCUAUGGCUCUAGUGUUGCUUCAUUUGAGCUUAAGUAUGCCCGUCUUCUCUCUCUCGUCUCACCCAGAUAGGAUUCUACGGCUUCCCGGACAACCCCACGUACGUUUCCAACAUUACUCAGGAUAUGUCACGGUUGAUGACAAGAAACAUAAAGCUUUGUUCUACUACUUUGUUGAAUCCGAAACUUAUCCUGCUUCUAAGCCUCUUGUUCUUUGGCUCAAUGGAGGACCUGGCUGCUCUUCACUUGGGGUUGGAGCAUUCUCUGAAAAUGGACCCUUUAGACCAAAUGGUGAAGUUCUGAUUGAGAAUGAUUACAGCUGGAACAAAGAGGCAAACAUGCUAUAUUUGGAGACACCAAUUGGUGUGGGAUUUUCUUAUGCUAAAGACGGAUCUUACAUGACAGUGGACGAUAAGGAAACUGCCAGGGACAAUCUCAUGUUUCUGAAGCUCUGGCUCAACAAGUUCCCUCAAUACAGGCAGAGAGAUUUGUUUCUUACUGGGGAAAGUUACGCAGGGCAUUAUGUUCCUCAACUUGCAAAACUCAUGAUUGACCUUAACAAGAAGGAAAAGAUAUUUAACCUUAAAGGCAUAGCUUUGGGUAAUCCGGUUCUAGAAUACGCCACAGACUUCAACUCAAGGGCCGAAUUCUUCUGGUCUCAUGGAUUGAUAUCAGAUUCAACGUACAAAAUGUUCACCAGAGAGUGUAAUUAUUCUCGGUACGUUAGCGAGUACUACAGAGACUCAGUCUCGCCUCUUUGUUCAAAGGUCAUGAGCCAAGUAAGCACAGAAACGAGUAAAUUCGUGGACAAAUACGAUGUGACGCUUGAUGUCUGCAUUUCCUCAGUUCUAUCACAGACCAAGGUCAUCUGUCCUCAAACACAACAAACAAGUGAGAGGAUAGACGUAUGCGUUGAUGAUAAAGUUACAAAUUACUUGAACCGAAGGGAUGUUCAGGAGGCACUUCAUGCCAAACUUGUUGGAGUUCGAAAGUGGGAUGUCUGCAGCAACAUCCUGGACUACGAUAUGCUCAACCUGGAAGUAGCUACACUCCCUCUUGUUGGGUCACUGGUCAAAGCUGGAGUUCAGGUCUUAAUUUACAGUGGAGAUCAAGAUUCUGUAAUUCCACUAACUGGUAGCCGUACCUUGGUUCAGAAACUAGCAAGGCAAUUGGCACUGAAUACUACUGUUCCUUACAGAGUAUGGUUCGAAGGUCAACAGGUUGGAGGGUGGACUCAAGUUUAUGGGGAUAAUAAGCUGGCAUUUGCAACCAUAAGAGGUGCUUCCCAUGAAGCUCCUUUUUCGCAGCCUGAGAGAUCGCUGACGCUGUUCAAGUCAUUCUUGGAAGGCAGGCCUCUACCUGCUGAUAUUUUGUGACACUCUGUUAAUGUUUAAGUGUUUCUCUGAUCUUAAGCUUGAGAUUGUAAUUAAGGCAGUCGUUUCAUAGUUAUUAAUUAUUACCAAGUAAUGUGUUAACUGUGCAGUAUGUCAAAGCAAGAAUGUAAAGAAGUGAGUUUUUCUUCUUCACUUUCCUCCUCCAAUAGGCGUUAUGUGUUGUUACAAGGGCUUGCUUGUUUGCUUGUUGGGCUGUCACAUGUAAUAAUGCAUCGUUCAGACAAAAUAACGUGA